AGCACGACAGACUUGAUCGUGCGAGUGCGGUAUUCGAAUCCGCUACCGCCUCCGCCAUUGGCUCCAAAGCUGCUCUCGCUCGCCACAGACCGGGACCGGUUCGCCAACUUUGACUUUCUGCAGCCGCUACAGACAGAACGGGAUGUCAGCCUCAUCGUCGAUCCUGAGCUCGGCAUGCCCCUCGAGCUGGGAGUCGGGGAUGGAGCCUACUGGGAGAACGACUUUACCCGGAUCUGUCCGACAGAACAGGCUCAAGAGAUGGACUUGGAGGACCUCUUCCUGUUGGAAGAUCCAGACAUGCCGAGCACGUCGAAUGGCUAUCCUGUCGCGAGCGGUUCGAUCGGCACUGCGCCUGGUACACCACGCAAAGGUGGCUUGGACAGAGCGGCACCCUUCCUUCGUCGGGCAGUCCGAAUGCCGGCUUCAGAUGCAGGCAUGACAAUGGAUUCGUCCAUAUUACAAGAGACGCUCGACAACAAGCCACGCACGCUCGAGGAGGAGUUACAAGCCAUAGAGCUAGGCUUCGAAGCUGCUCAGCGACCGAUCGCUUCGCUCAAGCAUCCCACCAAGCCGGGCCUGACCGCCGUAGAAGCUCACGAGUUCUUACCCGAUCUCGACGCAUGGCACAACACUUUCGAAUUGCUACGCUACUCAGAUGAUCCUGCAGAAGAGCUAGGCACCAUCUUUCAACAAGAAGGCGCGAAUGACAGAUCGAGAUUGCCGAGCGCGAUCGCUGAAAGACUGUCGCAUGCGCUACUGAGGCCUAUAUUGCUUCAAGGACGACCGCCCCAGCUGUCAUACUAUCUUCUGUCGGAGCCCGAAGCCGCUGCAGCAUUCAGAGAGCGCAAGGCUGAGUUGCCCACUGCGGACACCAUGGGUGCAUACGAGAACCUCAUGCUCAAUGGAGAGCCUUUCGACUAUCGCUACGUCCGCGAAUAUGAAAUCGGCAACGAGCGAGAACUCUUGGGCGAGUAUUUUGUCUCGCUACGGCGGCCUGCACCGCAGUCAAAAAAUGCGCAAUGUGCGCCACUUCAGAACGAUGCAGCUAUCCGGACAGACCAGAACGGCGACACGCAUUAUGCAACGGAAGCAGAGCAACUUGCGACUGCACAUAGUGCUUCGGCUUUCUUCGUCCCUGCUGCCAAAGUGGUCCAGAUACGCAAGCACCGACAACAGACGGCUGGUGCUUAUCAGGACGGCAACGAGGAGGAGGAUUACCAGUUCUGGCAUCGUAUCUCAGCCUGUCUGGGCUCGCCACUCACACUGGAGCUUCUCGCAGAGCGGCAAGCCAGGUUCGAAGCUGUCAUGGGUGCCCAAGUUGAGCAGCCAAUGCAAAGGCGCCUGACCGCACCGUUGGCUUGCGAGGCAGCCAGGGAGAGCUCUGAGCCAGGAACAGGGCGAGGUCGGGACACCGAAGGCACGGCAGACAGGCGCAUCAGGAACGCUUUCACUUUUCAGGCCUGUCGAGGCCGUCAAUCGCACCACGAGACCGUCAAGGCCCCUUGCAGAGACUUCUUAGGACACACAAGGACGGCCGUCUUGCUCGAGGUGCACGACGCCAUGGACAGCCAGAGAUUGACUGAGAGAGAGCUUCAGGCAGAGAUUGACUCGCUACAUUCGCUCAGGAGGAGGUCAAUCAGCUCGCCCGUCGAGGGUAUCGACCCUGAUCUGCCGCCCUCCCUUACGCCCUCGCUGUCCCGCAACAAUCCUCAAUCUCACCAGGGCUAUGCUUCAGGGUCGAACGCACCGCCCGAGCUGAACCAUCGCCAGUCAGCCGGUCAUCAUACGACUUUACGCCAAUCGCCAAGCCAAGCCCAAAUCACAGAGGAGAGCACGACGACUGGCGCGAAGGAUCGCUUCAGCAGGGACAGCGCUCAUAGCACAGGCACCACGAGCGAUGCUUCACGCUACCAUUCCCGUGAUAGCUCAUCGCAGGACUCUACAGCCUCAAUGUCGACCUCUGAAACCUCUGUAGAGACAGCCGGCUCGGCCCUCACCGAGCGACUCGAUCACGAGCAGCCACAGCGCAAGCCGGCGAGGACGAGUCCACCCAGGCGAAGGACCAUCGGGCCCCGUGACCCGCUCGUGUCCUCUGGGCGUGCUACGUCCGCUUAUCAGUCCAGCCCUGGGCAAGACAGUCACGAUGACGCUUUCGCCUCGACGUAUGGACCAUCUUCAUCUACCGGUCAUACUUCGAGCUCCGGCUCGCCCAUGACGUCGAACCUUUCCACACCUUUCUCUUCGCCUUCUCCUUCGCAGUAUGACGACCUCAAAGCGAGCGAAUUCGAGCAGCAGCUCUACUGGCUACCCGCCCGCUUACAUCCCGAGAUUGCUCCCGACGAGUUUAGAAACUUCAUAAAGGAUCAGACCAAUCCCGAGAACCUAGCACGAAGGUCCAGCGGUGGCCGAUACGGCAGUCACCUCGAAGGCAGCUCUUCCCUCAGCAGGCAGCGAUCCGGGCCCCAAGCUCAGUCACGUCGACUCAGUCAAAGCGAUGGAUCUUCUGCUCCGCCUACGAGCGCCAAUCUUGCCCGGAAGCGAAGCAUGCUCAGCAGACAGUAUUUACCUUCUGCAGACGAUGGUGUCGGCGAUAAACCAAGCGAAGGUCGCGCUCGCUCGCAUUCGCCUCCUCCGCCCUUGCCAACGUCUACUUCGCUUGAAGCGGCAGACGGCCUUGCGCCGUCUGCGGGCUCGGGUAUCUCGCGCGUCGGUGGCAGUCUAAGGCGAAGCCGUUCGGGCAUGGAUCACCUCACGAUUGAGGAUCUUCAGAAUCUCGAGCGCAUGGCGAAUCAGGCCCAGGAUGCCACGGAUAGCCAGAAUGGCGCAACGGGUCUGCGAAGGAAGCUCAGCCUCAACCCUGCUCUGAUGCUCGAAGCCCUGUCCGAGAACCAAGCGCUGCAGCAACAACAGCAACAACAGCAGCAACAAAUCCACCAGGAUGAGCACGCUGAUGCGCCGCUUGUCGGACCUUCCCAAGGCACCAUAUUGCGCAGAGGCGCUCGUACGCGUCAUGGCAAGGCACCAGAAGAUGAUCCAGCCGUUGAACGACCCCCUCAACGGUUUGGUCCUGGUCGUCGAACAAAGGGACCGCGCAGUGCAGGCGUGCCUGGCUUGCCCGGAGCCGCUGCAUCAAGCGAGUCGCUUCCAAUCUCAAGUGAUCGUCGUGGUAGUGCCGGCAGCGACGAGAUCUCUGAAGGCGGUCAUGAAGCUUUCGAGCCUGUCAGCAAGCAGACAAGUCCUCAGGCGCCAUUGCCGCCAGUCAAAGAAGUCGCAUCGCCGAGCCUUGUAGCGCAAGAUAUCGAGCCGGACAUGCAGGACUCUUCAGACCGACCGCCGCGCGAUAGUCCUCCUCGACUGAUAGCACGACCAAUGGAAGCUGCACCUCCUUUGCCAGCAGCUGAAGUUCCCAGGGCGCCAGCUGUGCCAGAGAUACCUUUGCCACCCAUCUCGCCCGUGCACGAGAUCGCUCCACCAACGGUGCCCGAGAGGCCGACAGUGUCGGUACCGACGACGCCGGUGCAGACCAGCAAAGCAAAGAAGUCUGGCUGGGCUAAGCUCGGCUUCACACGCAAAGAUUCGACGGGAUCUACCAAAUCGUCCCAGUCAAAGACCGUCAAUGACGACUCUGACCGCGCGAGCAUCAUCUCCACUGGCUCUGAUUCUGUCGGAUCUAUCUUGCGUAGAUCCAAGAAGGAGAAGCGGCAAUCUGAGCCGGCCAGCCUUGACAAUGAGAAGGCAGAGCGGACGGAGAAGGAACCGAGCUUCUUUGGCAGUCUCUUCUCUAGUCGCAAGAAGCGCGACACGGAAGGCUCUCAACACGAGAAUCGCAAUGGCUUGUACAGUCCGGCGGAGAUCGUGCCUUCGCCAACAGCAUCCGGCAUGCUCAACAAGAGCGGCAAAUAUACCAACUUUUAUAGGCUGCCAAUUCACGUCGAGCGGGCAAUCUAUAGGCUGUCACACAUCAAGCUAGCCAAUCCCAGGAGACCCCUUUACGAGCAAGUUCUGAUCUCCAAUUUGAUGUUCUGGUACCUUGGUGUGAUAAAUCGACCCGUGCAGCCAAUACAGCCAAUACAACCAGCUCCGGUACCGCUUUACGCUCCUGAACAGGAGGUCGAUACUCCAUUGCCGAUCGAUGAGGAAGAAGUCAGACCGGUCGAGACUGAGCGCCAGAGGACCGACUCGCGGGCCACAGAGCCUGCAGAAGAGACGAGGCGGUCUCUACGUCCCGCUGAAUCGCUGCGCCCCAACUCAAGCUCGCAUAGCAAUCGCACGCUCACGAAGAGCAAGCCUGCAGCAUCCAAGCCCGUCGCAACCGAUAUCAGUUACGAAGCUCAAGCUGCCGCCGUGACCGGCCGAGGCCUAGGUCUGACAGAUGCUUCGGACGAGUCUGGGCGGCCGUUGAUCGUCUCCAAUCGCGCCAACGUCGAUUCUGGCUUCGAGGUCGUCAGGCCUUCGUCUGCUCGAGACGAGGGCAGUGCUCGCGAUCAUCAGCAAAAGACCAAGCAUCGAACAGAGAAGGACCAGAAGCGGACGAGCUACGAUCCCGUCGAUCUCAUCAGCUCGUACAACAACGACCAGAGGAGGCAUUCGAAGCAUGCCGCUCUGCCUCCCGGAUUAGCGCCCGAGUCGAACGAAGCGCACCGGCAGACUGUCAAAGUCGCAGAGAGGCCCGUACGGGAUGCGUCUCUCAAACAGAGGUCAGAGAACCAGCGAUCCUUCUCGCUCAAGCCGUCAGGCCCGCGCACGGUCAAUCAGCAUCAAUGCAUAGCACUUGUUCUCGCGCACAUGCGCAGAGAGGUACAGAGGUUUACAUGA